AUGAACUGCCUCCAGCACCUGCUCAAGGAGCCUCCGAUCUUAGCGGGAUCCAGAUCGAUGAGGCGGCCCUCGCCGCUCAACCUCGCCAUGGUUCGCGGAGGGAGUCGCCGCUCCAACACCGUCAAAACUGCGUCCGGGACAUCCACUUCCAGCGCGGAGAACAGCGCGUUGGAGCCCGGCGCCGACAAGUCCGAUACGUAUAGCACCAACAUGACACAGGCCAUGGGAGCAGUGUUGACGUACAGGCAUGAGCUUGGAAUGAAUUACAAUUUUAUAUGCCCAGACUUGAUUGUAGGCUCCUGCUUACAGAGCCCAAGUGAUGUUGAUAAGCUUCGGGAGAUUGGUGUAAAAACUGUAUUCUGCUUGCAGCAAGAUCCAGACCUUGAAUAUUUUGGAGUUGACAUCGGUGCCAUUCAAGACUAUUGUCUAGAAUGCAAAGACAUUGAGCACUGUCGUGAAGAAGUUAGGGAUUUUGAUGCUUUCGAUUUGCGACUGAGGCUUCCUGCUGUGAUUAGCAAAUUGUACAAGCUUGCCAGCCACAAUGGUGGAGUAACAUAUAUACAUUGUACUGCUGGACUUGGAAGAGCUCCUGCUGUGGCACUGGCAUAUAUGUUCUGGAUUCUUGGUUACAAUCUUAACGAAGGACAUCAACUACUACAGAGUAAAAGGCCUAGCUUUCCGAAGUUGGAAGCCAUCAAAUUGGCAACAGCUGACAUUCUCACGGGCUUGUCAAAAAACUGCAUCACUUUGAAGUGGAAAAAUGGCAGUUGUUCUUCUGUUGAAAUUUCUGGGCUUGACAUUGGGUGGGGACAGAAAAUUCCCCUGGCAUAUGAUGAGGAGAAAAAAGCAUGGUUUCUUGAGAGAGAGUUACCUGAAGGACGGUAUGAGUACAAAUAUGUAGUGGAUGGCAAUUGGGUGUGCAAUGAGCAUGAGAUGAAGACCAAACCCAAUGCGGACGGCCAUGUGAAUAACUACAUCCAAGUUGCCAGGGACGGCACGAGCGAUGAAGAGAAGGCGAUGAGGGAGCGAUUGACUGGGCCAGACCCCGAUCUAACAAAAGAGGAAAGGCUGAUGAUUAAAGAGUACCUGGAACAGUACACUGAGCAAUAA